UUCUGCCACAUCCAGACACCAACUUCUAAAGGCACUGAAAAGUGCAUUCUGACACGAGCUGAGAAGGGGAAAGAGAGAGAUGCAAGGAGAUAAUUCUUGACUGUAAAAAAGGAGUUUACUUUUCCAAAUAAAAGAAAUCUAAAAUGGGCCACUGUCUUUGUGUGCUGUUAACACCAGCUCUUUUGGAGAGUUUGAAAAUGCUCGGCUCCAUGAUAAAAGCUAAAAAUGUCCUGGACGUGGAGUUGUUUACCCAGAGUACGAGCUGCUCUAAAGUUACAGAGCUCUGGUUGGAAGCGGUGGCUGGAAUGCCGCCUCCGGGUCACUGACGUCACAGUAGUCUCAGCUGCCGCUGUGAUACUGAAUUGAGCAGCUUCGUGACUCGUGAAAGUGGUGAAGGUUCCAAAGGGGCUUGUCAGUACCGCUCUGUUGAAUGGUCAGACUUAUUUUGCAUUCCCAUUUCUUGCAAAGAAGCAAGAUUCACCAAGCUGAGACUUUUCUCUUGAAAACAACUAGCUGUCCUUUCAUUGCUAGGUUGACCACUGGUCGAACAUCCAUAGGAUUUCUCGCUGGAGCAAAAAGGCAAGUGAGACAGCUUCAAAUAAAACAACCCCAAGCUUCCAAGAAACAGUUAAGAGAAGGCAGAGACGAGCAGGAACACCCCUUCACUAACACUCACGCAGUUGCCAUGGACCUUCAUAAGCAGUGGGAGAACACAGAGACGAACUGGCACAAGGAAAAGAUGGAAUUACUGGACCAGUUUGACAAUGAAAGGAAGGAAUGGGAAAGUCAAUGGAAGAUCAUGCAGAAGAAGAUAGAAGAGCUUUGCCAUGAAGUAAAGCUUCGGAGGAAAAUCAACAUGAAUGAACGUGCUAAGACCAUUGAUCUUGAUCAUGAGAAGGCCCAUCAAGAUAAAGUGGUAGAAUCUUCUCCAAAUUACCCCAAUUCAGGACAAUGUGAAUUUACAGGGAUGAAUCACAGGGAUGGUCUGGAAAAAGAAAAUAAAACAGAGCAGAGCUUACUCAGUGAAGGAAAUCAAAUGUGUAAGGAACAAAAAGCAACAAAAAAAUCAAAAGUCGGGUUUAUGGGUCCUUUGGCCACAGACAGCCAAACGGAAUGUGAGGCCUGGCCUGACCUGCGGACUUCUGAGGAAGAGAGCAAGAGCUGUUCUGGCGCCGUCAGCACAGCUCUUGAGGAACUUGCCAAAGUUAGUGAAGAAUUAUGCAGCUUUCAAGAGGAAAUUCGAAGGCAGUCUAACCACAGAAGGAUGAAGUCAGAUUCUUUUCUCCAGGAAAUGCCAAAUGCAAUGAAUAUGCCUCAUGGAGACUACAUGAUCAGUGAUGGCCAGUGCAUUCUUCCAAUCAAUUUAGAGAAAGAAAAACAGAAAAAUAAAAAGAAACUGAACUGUACCAAUGUGCUCCAAAGCAAUUCUGUGAAAAAAUGUGGAAUUGAUACCAUUGAUCUGCAAAGAAAUGAAACUCCACCAGUUCCUCCUCCAAGAAGCACAUCUCGAAAUUUUCCCAGCUCAUAUUCUGAACAAGCCCAUGAAAGUCUGAAGGAAAGUUUAGACCACAGCAGCUGGGUAGCCCAAAAGGGUCAAGGUGAAAGGACCUGCAAUCCUCAUUUCCUUUUGAGGCACAAUGAGAUGGCUACACGGUGUCUAAGUGAAGGGAAGACUUUGAAAGAUGGUAUCAUGUUUUCUUCUCUGGCACCAGAAGCCAGAAUAGAUAACAAGCCUCCAUAUGAUGAAAAUGUUGGGCUUAGCAUGUGGUCAUUCGACAUUGGGAAAGGUGCAAAAAAUAGCCCCUCUACAUUGUGGUUUCAGAAAACCUGCUCUACUCCCAAUAAGCCAAAAUAUGAAAAGGUGAUCCCAGAUCACCCUGCUAAAUCUCAUCCUGACCUUCAUAUAGGCAAUGACUAUAGCUCCUCAGUGACACAGAACAGUGGCCCACUUAGAAGUUUCAGUUGUGGCUUUGAAAGGACUACGAGGAAUGAAAAGCUAGCAGCAAAGACUGAUGAAUUUAACAGAACUGUGUUUAGAACAGAUAGACAUUGUCAUGCAAUACAGCAAAAUCAAAGCUACUCAGAAUCAUCUGAAGAUCUUAAGCCCUGUGGUACCUUAAUUACUCAUGCAGGUAACAUAUCAGAAAAUGACAAUGUGUCUGGUAUUCUGAAAACCAGUGCCCACAUGCCUGUGCCCAGGGAAAAUGUGGCUGAUAAUCCCACCAAAAAAUCCACAACAGGCCUGGUGAGACAAAUGCAGGAACACGUAAGUCCUAGCAGUUAUCGUAAUAUGCUCCACGAGCAUGACUGGAGACCAAGUAAUUUGUCUGGCCGGCCAAGAUCAGCUGAUCCUAGGUCAAAUUAUGGUGUUGUGGAAAAGCUGCUGAAAACCUAUGAGACAUCAACAGGGUCUGCAUUACAAAAUUCUAAGUGCUUCCAGGAUAAUUGGACCAAAUGUAAUUCUGAUGUCAGUGGUGGGGCCACAUUAAGUCAGCAUUUAGAAACGUUCCAAAUAGAACAAGAGCUUCAGCGAAAGACAACCAUGUGUGGGGCACAGCAAGUGAAGCAAGGAGUAGAUCGGAAAAAGAUAACAGAGGAAUCCAUGGCAGUGAAGUCCUCACAUGGAAAAGGAUUUUCCCGACCUGCUAGACCAGCAAAUCGCCGUCUCCCGUCCAGAUGGGCAUCCAGAUCUCCAUCGGCGCCCCCUGCCUUUCAGAGAACUGCCCACAGUUAUGCCAUUUCUCUGCGAUCUGAAGCAUCAAUGGUCUGAGUCUCUGGCCUGGAUUGCUUGGUUACAGAAGUCCCAAUUGCCAAACAGAGCAUUCUGAGUGUUUACAGCCAAUCCUGUCUCUUACAGUAUCUUUCAAGAUCACUGGGACAAACAGUUUAAAACUUAACUUCCCAUCAGUCUUCAGUGUUUUUAAUCUAUGGAAUAAUUAUCUUCCUGUAUUUUGAUUUCUUAGAUCAGAAUUUUUUAAUGCCAUCUUCAUGAGAUUUGCCAACAUGAUUUAAGUUGAAACAAUGUACUAUAUUGUAUAUUCUAACUUUCUUGCGAGUGGCAGAAAAAGCAAGUUUAUGUGCAUGCCAU